AUGCGAAUUCCGUGCGAAGUGCUUCUGGUUUGGUGGCUCAUCCUAUUCGGUGGAAGUAUUUGUCAGCAGCCAUACCUCACCGUCGUCGAUGGCCAGCAGAUACCUCUUAAAUCAGUCGAGGACUCGAUUCCUGUCAUAGAGAUUCGCGCAGAGGGCAAGCCGAUGACGUCUGCACAGAUUCGAGCACUGGAAGAGGCAGCUGAAGGGAAACCACUGGAUGUGAAGGUGAAAAGAAUAACUGCGCCUAAAAACUGCCAGAAAAAAGCGAAACGGAAAGACUUCGUUACAUUUCAUUACGUCGGGAUGUUGGAAAACGGCAGAAGAUUUGCGGACACGUACAAAACUGGUCCUUGCCGAAUACAGUUUAAAGUUGGAAUGACUGUUCCUGGAUUAGACAAGGGAAUGACAGGAAUGUGCGAAAAUGAGCAGAGACGGAUUAAGGUGCCUUGGCGGCUACUUCAGUCCAAAAGAGGAAAAGUAUGGCGAAAAAUUCCAAAGAGUGAACACUGGCUUAUUUUUGAUGUUAAAAUGCUGAAGGUUGAGCGAUGGACUCCGGAAGCGCAGUUUCAUUUUAUGGAUAUGAAUAACGAUUCUCUUUUGACCCAACCAGAGAUAGUACAACACGUAAAAGUACUGGAAGAAGAAUAUGGUAAGCAUUGGCCUUCAGCUGACAUUGAUACGGAGCUGGCAGCCAGAUACUUUAUUCAAUAUUUUGAUGCUAACAAUGAUGACAGAGUUGAGCGUUUGGAAUACGUUGAAAGAAUGGAAAAAGAUUUAACUAUCGUGAAAAAGAAGCAGUCGAAUGUUAAGGGUCGACGGCGGGAUCCAGACGUGAUGUGGAUUCUGGAUUUCGAUGCAGAUGGUAUCGUUUCAGUUGAAGAAAUAGGCAAAGCAGCGCAGGUCAUUGAAAGAGGAUAUCAACCAACAGAUGAAAAACCCACUCGUGAAAGAACAGAACUAUGA